AUGCCGAGCUUCUUUUUGUUUGGGAAGAAGAAGGAUAAGAAGAAAAAGACCCACGAUGAUACCAGAGACGGGGGCGAUGCGGCGACUCCCUCGUUGACGGCCAGGGAGGGCUCUACUGACUCGAAAGGGUCGGCGACAAAGCAAGUCAAAGGAUCCACUACGUCUCACAAUGCAGCGAGCAGGUCUAUGCCCCCAGGUCUAGACACGCUGCCCGCCAACGCCUCCGGUCCAGCCACCGAGACUUCACCACCGUUGCCGCCCUCGAGGAAGCAACAAUCCUAUUCCGAAAGCGCUCUGCAGGAGCUGCCGCCACCGCCGCUGUCGUCGCCUCCGGUGACCAACUCGCUUGGUCUUUCGGGGAGUGCCGUCCAUCUUACCCUCCAUCACUCCACGCUCGAUGACGUCGCCGUCUCUACCCCGCGCAGCGUGGAUCUGUUUCCGCGCAAGAUGUCGGAGGUGACAAUCCCGCAGCUGACCGAAGUGUUUCAGGUCUUUCGGAUGUUCCUCGACAACUGCGCAAGCACGGAGGUGAAGCAGGAGUCUGUGUCACAGCUGCGCAAGAUCCUUCCCGAGAUUGCCGCCGUCGACACCACUGUGUCGGCUGAGACGAUUCAGGCCCAGAACUUCCACCCGACAUUUGCGAUUGAGCCUGUACUGAGACACUUGUUGGCGCAGCCGGCCCCCCUGCGCGCGCGCCUCUGCCUCGCCAUCUACCGCUUCUGUGGAGAGCUGUGCGAGGAGCUGGAGGGUGACGUGUUCUGUCAGGAGACAGGGUUCUUUAGUGACCUGCAAUGCAUGAACCCGAACCUGCGUCCCGCCGCCGACGGCGACUACGACAGCUCUGAAGAUCCACAUCAAACCUCUCCCUGUGGUGGUAAUUUCGCGGAGAACAGAGCUGCAAAGAUAGAGCGCUGUCCUGACAUCGAUCUCCCGAAGAUCUACAACAGUCUCCUGCACAAGGAAGACUACCUACCGACUGCCGAAGAACUCAACGAGAUCUUUCUGCGAGUGCAGGAGCUGCUGCGAGCCGAGCCGAAUGUGGCGAUGGUGAUGAUGCCGGCCGUCCUCGUCGGAGAUCUGCAUGGACAGAUACGCGAUCUGCUGGAAAAUGUGCUGACGCUGGGGGGCCCACUCGUGUCGAAUGAGGCGCUGGCGCUGGCAUCCUCUAAAUCCCAUGCGGCCACGUCGAAGGCGCCCUCCUCCCAGAAGAGAGGCAGCGUUUCUGCGGCACCUCCCACCUCCAAGAAGAGCAGCAAGGCGGCAGGCGCAGCGAAGACCUUCAGUGGGGCACCGAAAGGCGAUGAGAACCGACCUACGCAGCCGCCGAGAUACUUGUUCCUGGGUGACUAUGUCGACCGCGGGCCGAGUAGCCUGUGCGUGAUUGCACUCCUCUUCACGGCCAAGCUAUUAUCGCCGAACACCGUGUUUUUGUUGCGGGGUAACCACGAGUGCCCGAAUACAAAUCGAUUCUACGGCUUCCUCGACGAAUGCCACCGUCGCUACCCCAUUGUGGACAACAAGGUCACCACGCUCCACAUGGGCACCCAGUUGUCGUCCGAAGAGAACCCUGACGAUGCAACUGCAAAUCGAAUCUGCAGUGGCAGCAGCUCCCCAGGCGUCAGCUCCACCUGCAAGGGCGACAGCGACGACUCGAACGCGAUCAAUACGAACAGCAGCGUCGAGCCGACCGCGGCUGAGGGGGGCGGGCAUCUCGGCAAGGAGGGCGAUACGAGUCCUGAUGACAUGGGGUGGGACAUGAAGGAUCACCCGCUGUGGCUUGUCGCGAAUGACGCGCUUUGCUCACUUCCUCUCUGCGCCGCGCUUUACGAGGAGGUGGAGGAGGAGGACGAAGCGCCCCUGCCGCAGGCCACUGCCGCUGCCGCGUCGAACACCGAGGACAUGCUUGCGGCUGACGGCGCGGAGAACCCCGGAGCGGCAUCGAAAGUGAAAAAGCCCAUCACAGCAAAAGCUGCAAAGAAGAGUGGCCGGCGCAGCAUUGGAAAUGCGAGUUCAGCGGAGUCCUCCAAGUCUCCGAAUCGCGCAGCGGGCAAGUCGCCUACGCUCACUGACGGCAAUGCACGCCCCACUAGCAGCAAGACAGCCAGUACCUCCAGCGAACUGUCGCCACUGUUCCCGCCAAGCGCCAACGCAUCCUUUGCAAAACCGAAGAAGACGCGGCAGAUCGUGCGCGUGUGUGCAAUGCACGGUGGCCUGUCCCCCUUCAUUGACGACAGCUUCGACGGUAUCAUCGCCAUUAACCGGUUUCGCAACAUCGCGCAUGGCGCGCUGGCCGACCUCACGUGGUCAGAUCCAUCCUCCAGCGCAGCCGCCCAAGGCGCGACGGCGUCGAACUCCCGUGCGAACGCGAGCCAGCCACCUUUGCGCAAGUUUCAGUCUGCCUGCACCUUCGACGGAGCCCCCAUCGGCUUCACCGGUAAUCCGCGUGGCACAGGGCACAUCUUCGGCGAAGAUGCCACGAUAAGCUUCAUCAACACAAAUCAUCUGUAUUUUAUCGUGCGCGCGCACCAGUGCGUGCAGGAGGGCUUUCAGUGGAACCACAAGAACCGCCUGCUGACGGUGUUCUCGGCCCCCAACUACUGCGGUAUGCGCAACAAAGGUGCGGUUCUUCUGCUGGAUAAAAAUGGAGCCCCUACACUGAAACAGUACGAGCACAAGGAAGUCGAGGAGAAGCCGCACGCGAUGGCCACGGGUGCGCCACAGCCGCCGAGGCUAUUCUCGUAG